CCAACCCUUCCCCCCCCCCCAGGAUAUUGUGGGAGAAGAUUUCACUUCCUGCCCCGUGGGACUCGCACUCUGAGACUGUCACCCACCUGCACACAGGGUAACAGCCAGCAGCCCCCCCACCAUGGCAAUGCAACCAGCGAGCCAAUGGAACAGCAGCCUGUUGUCUUGUUGUGAUGAUAUGGGAAUCUGUUGUUGCGCAUUGUGGUGUUUCCCAUGUCUCCAGUGCAAAACUGUCAGUGAAUUUGGGGAGUGUCUGUGUCUCCCCCUUGUGGAGAGUCUAUUCCUUGGCUGUGGGGUCUCUACUGCCAUGAGAGCGGCUGUGAGGGAGCGCUACCGCAUCCAGGGCUCCAUGUGUGACGACUGCUUCUCGCUGCUUUGUUGCUACAGCUGCACCUGGUGCCAAAUGGCCCGAGAGAUCAAGGAACGCAAGAACCACUCGGCCCCCGUCACUGUACAGACUACCACUGUGCAACCCCAGCAUUACCCCCACCGCUAACAACUGCCCCCUGAUACAUAUCUGCCCCACCUCUAUAGAAAUGCCCACAGCUACUUUCCUGCCCCUACUGCAAAUUGCAGCUUUACAUUUGCCCCUACUGCUAUCAAACUGCCCCUACAUCUCAGUGAAUAUUUCCCACCUGUUACCUGCCCCCGUCGCUAAUUACCCCUCAUUUCCCCGUAGCUGUUCAAUAAAGUAUAUUAUUGGCAGA